GUACUGCUCAACAACACCGCUUUACUUCUCUCUCUUCAUUUUUUUCCAUGACUCAAGCAAAAUCGCAGUCGAGGACCUCUCUUGAUAGGUUCACUCCCAUAAACUUGCAAAAACCCAUUCAAGACGAUGCCUGGUCAAGCAUAUUCAAGCCACCUCCCAACGAGACCGUCGAGGAGAAAAGUGAACGCAUUGCGCGCCAGCAGGAAGCUCAGCGUAUCUCUCGCGAAAUAGAUGAGAGUAUCUUGGAGUCUAAGAAGUUAUUUGACAAGAAGAAGAAGGCUAUCAAGGUCUUGCUACUAGGCCAAGCCGAGUCCGGGAAAUCAACAAUGUUACGAAAUUUUCAGCUCGCAUUUUGUCCGACGUACUUCCAUGGCGAAGCACUCAUAUGGAAGACCAUCAUACAACUCAACCUCAUCGGUUCCGUGAAAAAACUUCUUUCUAUUGUCGAGGAUGAGUUAGAAAUAUCAGGUCCACGUUCUCGGUCACCUACCGGCUCAACAUCAACAUCACUCUCAGAUCACCACCGGCGUACACGAAUGCGCCUUCUUCCCCUCCUUUCCAUGGAGACAAAUCUCACGCGACAGCUACUUCCAGAACACUACGACCCCUCACGAACGCCAGAGAUCUGCGUGCGGGCCGGCAGCGGAUGGAAAACAGUUUUGGAGAAAGUUACAUUGGAACGUCGGGUCCCUCCCACGGGUCAACGUCGCCCAAUGACAAGCGACGGGCGGAGUAAGGAUGACCCAACUUUGGUACUUGCUGCCUCCAAGGAUGAUAUCAUUUCCUUGUGGGAGGACCAGGUCAUUCGGGAAGUCCUCAGAAGACGCGGAGUACGGCUAGAAGAUUCUCCUGGUUUUUUCCUGAAUGACACGGCGAGAAUCGCAACGGUGGACUACGAACCCACAGAAGCGGAUAUUGUCCGGGCCAGAUUACGAACAUUUGGUGUAGAGGAACAUCGCUUCCUACAAGAUAACGGUUCAGAGUGGUACAUUUACGAUGUUGGUGGCAGUCGAAGUAUGCGACCCCAGUGGGUGCCCUACUUUGAUGAUGUUCAAGCCAUCAUUUUUCUUGCGCCACUUGCGUUCAACCAAGUCCUCGACGAAGACCGACAGGUAAAUCGACUAGAGGAUUCAAUAUACCUCUGGAAAGAGGUUUGCGCGAAUCCCCUCCUCGCGCGCGCGAACAUCAUCCUGUUCCUCAACAAGAUGGACAUCCUACGGAAAACUCUCGCGGCGGGGAUCAGGGUAGAGACCUAUGUUCCAAGUUAUGGAAGUACCCCUAACGACGUGGAAAACGUGACGAAAUAUUUUAAGGAGAAGUUCCGAGCCUAUCACAAACGAUUGUCCCCGAGAGCACGGACGUUCUUCUGUCACGAGACGUCUGCCAUCGAUACGAAAGCGACACAGGCUGUAUUGGCCGGCGUCCGUGAUGGUAUUUUGCGACAUCAUCUUGAGGAACUCAAUGUCAUAUGAUUAUCAUCAUCUACACCGCGCCACUUUGUGGGGCGUCUUCAUCGCUAUCGCUUGUGUUGUGAUGUGCUGUGUUGUCAUCUGUGCAGAUCUAUUAUUUAUCUCAACUUUAUCUUGCUCUCCAUUUUCAUUGCCUCGCUAAUCUUUGUUGUACUGGGAAAUUAUAAUAUCACGACCUCUGAUACAUGAAGGGUCGUUGUGCGGAAUUACUGUGCUUCUCCACUGCGGGCCAUGUGAUUUCCGGUUUACCGGUUCAUUCGAGUACACGAUCGGCUCUGGUCUGCUCCAGUUGGGUGUCAAUCAGACGCUCUCGGUCGAACGGAAACAAAUGUGCUUCCGAGAUUUGGUGCGAUAUGAUGCACUUUGCGACUCCGACCCUUAAGGGGGAGCGAUCCUCGCAUGUGUCUGUAUUCGGAUGUCACACCGAUCGAGCCCACCAGAACGUCUCUGGAUGAUGCGAGGACCUUCGUGAUACACACUGACUACCAAUGGUGC